GUGAUACUCAUAUAUAAAAGGCAUUGUUCUCCAUCGAACUAAAUAAAAGAAUCUAUUGCAGGCACCGGCUAUUAACAUCAUCCUGCAGGGUAUGGAUUCGAUUUUUCAAAAAAUGAUGUUUAUGCAUGUCUUUCGCACAGCCAGCGUCGCUGAUCGAUUUGGAAUCAGCCGAUUUCUGGGGUCUCGUCGUUCUCCACUAUGUCCGGGAUUUGCCACUCAUGCACCACCUCCACUGUGUUCGCCACCUCAAACUUCAGCACCACAGGAGGGGAUAGACUUUACGACAGCCAAAAUAGCUGUAUGGUGGGACACGGAGAAUUGCCACAUUCCUAAGGGUUAUGAUGCCCGCCGCCUAGGGAGAAGCAUUAGGGACUCGCUUGAAAAAGCGAAUUACCAAGGUCCCGUGUCCAUCUAUGCCUUCGGUGAUAUGCAACUCAUUCCUCAUUUGACCCAGCAGGCGCUGAUCUCUACUGGAAUAGACUUGCAUCAUGUUCCCCCAAAAAAUAACGAUGAUAAGGAUGUGAGUGACUAUAAGAUCAUUGGAGAUAUUUUUAACUGGACAAUGACGAAUCCUAACCCUGCUAAUAUUAUGGUCAUUUCCGGCGAUAAAGACUACUCGGUCGCCUUACAUCAACUUAGGUUGAGGAGGUAUAACAUCCUUCUAGGAGUGCCUCUAAAUGGAGCCUCCCCUUCUCUCGUCAUUGCGGGAAAUCAGGUUUGGCUUUGGACGAGUUUACUAGCUGGAGGAAAUCCACUCACGAAGACAGGAAUUGCUCAGCUAAUAAAGUGAAGAAAUACAGGACACUGAGGGCUUUUGACUUAAGCCUUUGGAAAAGGGUUUUCUUUUUUUUUUUAUUUGUUUUGCUAAUACACUCGUUCCUAUGCACGAACCCUUUAAUGUAAUGUUUGAAGUUUUUCUUAAUUCAUAAUUAGAGAAAUGGACCAUAUUUAAGUAUUAAAAUUUGA